ACAGAACAGACCAAGGGUGUGUUUGGCACGCAGUCCAACCCACUGACACUUAGGGCGUUGCAAUAAAACAAACACAGAAAGAAUGGAAGGAAGCGUAAAUAUGGACAGAAACCCUCAACAAACUGUAAAGCCGUCGAUUUCACUGUGCGUUUCUCUGACGUCAUUACGCACUAACGUAAACAUCCUGCCCACACAUUCGUUGAUACAUAGAACAUAUUGAUAGAACGCACGAUUGUUGGAACUGUGGUGCGUUGGUUCCAUAUUAUCUAAAGAUCUUAGUCGUUUCGAUUACGUUGCAAUGUUUUCUGAAGGUAUUACACAGCGCUGCACCUGCUAAAGCGGUGGUUGCGUAUAUUCUGAAUUCACGUUAAAACAAUUGCGCAUCAAUUAAGUUGGGCGAGGUUGUUUUCAGUAAAAGGACAGCCAGGCUGUCUACCUCAGCUACCAAUCACAUGUCGACGGAGGAUCUGUCCACUUCCGACAGCGAAGCUGCUUUCGCGGGAGCCGGGGAGCGCUGGGCGCCCGUGGGAGCAGUGGCCAACCCGGAGGAUGAGCAGUGGAAGAGAGGCACGCAGGGUGGUUCUGUGUCGUCUAGCGAUGCAGACUUGGUAUCCAGGUUGCGGAAGCUGGAGGAUGAGCAGGAGCAGUUAAAUUCAUCGCUCCUCGCGUUAACGUCUCACUUCGCUCAAAUGCAGUUUCGGCUGAAACAGAUUGUCCACGCGCAGAGCGACGAGAAAGAGAGGAUGCUGCUGGAGCUGGAAGAGUUUGCCUUCAAAGGAUGCCCUCAUGUUAUAGGCUGCAGGACACAGGAUGCUCAGAUGCUGGAAAACUCUAGUGAAAGAGAGAAGAGGGAACGCUUGGAAGCUCAGAGAAAGAAGCAGAAGGAGCUGAUUUUCCAGCUGAAGACUCAACUUGACGACCUGGAACGCUUCGCCUACCAGGAGGGCAGCUAUGACUCACUGCCUCAGUCUGUGGUCAUGGAGAGACAGAGGGUGAUCAUUGAUGAGCUGAUUAAGAAGCUGGAUGUGAAUCUGAAUGAAGACAUUGGGAACCUCACUCCAGAGGAGCUCCGACAGAGAGUAGACGCCGCUAUAGCUCAGAUAGUCAACCCGGCUCGAGUCAAAGAGCAGCUGGUGGAGCAGCUCAAGACCCAAAUCAGUGACCUGGAGAUGUUCAUUAACUUCAUACAGGGUGAGGAGGUCUGCUUAUGGGUCAAUGAUGUGAUGGUCGUUUUUAUCAUGUUUAUGCAAAUAUACACCAACAUUCAAACGUGUGGAUUCUAUGAAGUCUCUCAAUCCUUCAGUUUACCUGUAGGGGGCGGUCCUGUGACGGUCACACCCAAGCAGUCUCUGUUAUGGGCCAUCCAUACAGUUCUCAAAGAGCAUGGACGAUUCAAGCGUAGUGCGGACUCUGAGUUUAAGGCCUUAGUGUGCAUGGCGCUCAAUGAGCAGAGGCUUGUGUCCUGGCUCAACCUGCUGUGUAAGUCUGGGAUGCUCAUCCACUCACACUACCAGCCCUGGAGCUACAUGGCCCAAACGGGCUUUGAAGGUGCCCUGCGCAUCCUGGGCUGCCUCAGCCAUCUCAAAUUCAGCCUUCCUGUAGAUUUGGCUGUCAGGCAGCUUAAAAAUAUCAAAGAUGCUUUCUAAACAAAAUAAAUAUAUGGUCAGUUUGGCAGGUUGAGGAAAAAAGGGAACCCUCCCAACCCUCAAAAAUUAUGAUUAAAAAAAAAAAAACACUAAUUACAAUAUAACACUAAUAUAUAGCUUAACACAAGUUUAAAUCAAAUUAAAAGAUACUCCCAAAUCAACAAGUCCACUGGAAUUAAAAAAUUGGAAAUUAAUCAACUUGUGCACUUUCUUGAGACUCUAUGUUGCUGUUGGGUCUUGUCUCUAAACUGAAGAGGAUGAUGAUGAAGUCCGGUUUUAAUAUGCUGCAUUGGUCACAACUAAAAGGAAAUGUGCUCAGUUUAGUGACCCUGAGCGUGUAACUGCCUCCACAUAACCUUUGAGCUUGUUAAGCUUUUACCAAAAUCAACCACAUUACUCUAUGUAGAAAAAAUUAUUUAUUACUUGAAAUCCUUUCAAGGGCCAUUGCGUAUGUUUGAGAUGCACUACUAUAUAGUUACAAAACAGUGACAUAAUGGUUUAAUUGCAUUUUUUGUUAUAAACCUAUGUAGCCAAGUGCACUCAUUUUCUGAGCUUGUACUACAUUAUUGUACAGUGGUUCACAGACAAAUCAAAAGAUCUUUUUAAUUUAAGACUGGUUUCCAUUUGCAUUAUUAAGGGCCAUUACAUUUCAAACACUGAGAUAUAGUGCAUAUAAUGUCUGGGUCUUUGCUGCUCUGUGUGUUUGUAUCGCUUUCUGAGGAGACCAUGCAUGCUGGUGAGACCUCACUUAGGUCAAUCAACACACUCAGGUCAUUCUGAACAAACAAAGACAUGCUUAUUGGUGUUUGUAAACCACUUCUCUCCUCUAACUCCUUUCCACAGCCAGUUGACACCUUAAAAAUGAUUGUAGAAAGCGGCAUCUUGUGGUAGUGCUGCUCAUUCGCUGCUACAGAAGGAAAUGCACAGCAAAUGAACUGAAUUAAAUGGAGGUCAUUCAGCACAUUUGCUGAAUAUGAGUCUGAUAUGCUGUGCAUCGGCACUGACUGAAUUAUUUAUGGCCGUUAUGCCAUGCCAGCGUUCAGAGGCUCUUCUUGAAUACCUGCUAUUUCCAUGUCUUGUCAAUCCUUGUUUACUGCGCUGAAAUAUUGAAUGUACAAUCCUUGAAAUUGUAUCCUGCUACUGUACCCAUUCUGACUCCAGAUUUCUCAUUCCUUAAACCAAUCUGAAUACUGAUUUACUGAAACCUUUAUCCAGUAAGAUAGGGCUGUUUGUUACCACAUCAUGGAAAUGGAUUCAGCAUUCGGUGUAUUUCUCUGCACCAUUAGAAUAUGAAGGAAUGGUUGUGAUGCAUUUAUUAACCCUUAUUUAAUGUAGUUAUUUUUCCCACUUGCUUUU